AUGGACGCCGCGAUUGACCUGUCGGAUGCCUCAAAGGCUCUGGAUUUGGACAAUAUUCGCUUUCAAUUAAUUCAACGAAUGCGCGAGCUGACCAGUUGCCCUACGCCUACAAGACGUUUAGAAGACACAAUAACAUUCCACUUGAUUGAGCGCGUCCAGUUUCCCCUCAAUCCUCGAAUUUAUGUGCCAGGCGGAGUGAAUAUCCCCAACAGCGAGUUGAGUCUGGUGGACUGGGUACUCCGUGAAACAGAACGCAUUCAAUCUCGUGUCCGUCGCUACCAGUCCCCCGAUGAAUUCCCGUUCUUCCCAGAGGUGGUUGAAGAACCGAUCCUCCAGCCGCUCAAAUAUCCAAAAAUUCUACAUGAGAAUGACGUUAAUAUCAGCGGUAUGAUAAAGUCGAGAUAUGUCAAUGAGAUUCUGCCCAACGCAUAUGGUAAAUUUGGAGGAAAAGAGGAUCGAGGCGAAACUCAGGAGAAUUACGGAUCUGCUGCAACUUGCGACAUUCUUUGCUUGCAGGCGUUGACAAGAAGGAUCCAUUUCGGCAAAUUCGUUGCAGAAUCAAAGUUCCAAAAAGAACCGGAGAAAUUCGUCAGGUUAAUCAAAGCAGCAGAUAGAAAAGGAAUAGAUGAUGCUAUUACGAACGCUGAGGUAGAAAAGAAGGUACUAGAGCGACUGCGGCUUAAGGCUACGACCUACGGAAAGGACCCCGCAAACCCCGAUGACAACAACUCAAAGAUCGAUGUGGAUGCCGUUGUGUCAAUGUACCAGCAUGCUGUGAUCCCCAUGACCAAAGUCGUGGAAGUUGAAUAUUUAAUGCAACGCCUUCGAGGCACGGAAUGGGAAUGA